AUGAUUGAAGUCACUUGCAACGAUCGUCUCGGGAAGAAAAUCCGCGUGAAAUGCGACCCUGACGAUACCAUCGGGGACUUUAAGAAGCUUGUCGCGGCCCAGAUCGGAACUGCUCCGGAGAAGAUUAUUCUUAAGAAGUGGUAUUCGACGUUUAAGGACCAUAUCACACUUGCCGACUACGAGAUUGGAAAUGGAUCCUCGUUGGAAAUGUACUAUGCAUAA